UCCACUAAAUCCGAAUCCACAGUCGUUAAUUAGAGAAUUCCAGUUCCUGCCCUCUAAUUUUUCUUAUUUUUCUCCUUUGGAAAGUUUAUUUUUGUUCCUUUCCCAGACAUUGUUGGCUGUUUUUGCCCCUUCUUUUUUAGUAUUUUCCCAUUUCGAUUCUCGUGAAUCCAUUUCCGAAAAACAAAAACAAGAGGAGAAAAAAACCAACCAACCAACCAACAUGGUCGCCUUGGUUUCUCAAGACAACAUGGUCGCUGCUUUGGUUUCUCGUACUGGAAGACAUUUGCAGCGUUAUGAUAUUAGGGGUCGCCGCCAAGUUGUUGGAUGCAUCCCUUAUAGAUACAAGACUAUUAAGGAUAGUGCCUUGGAGAAUAUGGAGGAAUUGGAAGUGCUUGUGAUUAGCUCACAGAAAGGGAAAGGCAUGCUGUUCCCAAAGGGAGGUUGGGAAACUGAUGAGUCCAUUACCGAGGCUGCUUCAAGAGAAACCCUAGAGGAAGCUGGAGUUAGGGGAAUUGUUCAGGGUGAAUUGGGAAGUUGGAGUUUCAAGAGCAAAACCUACGAUACUUUAUAUGAAGGAUACAUGUUUCCCCUACUUGUCAAGGAGCAGCUCGAAUUUUGGCCCGAAAAGAACUUUCGACAACGCGUUUGGAUGAGCGCGCACGAAGCUCGGGAGGUCUGCCAGCAUUGGUGGAUGAAGGAGGCAUUGGAUGUAUUGGUAGGACGGCUUUCGUCACCAAAGAAGCAACAGAUCGAGGAAGUUAUGCCGUGUUCGUUGAGCUAGCGAGAGGACGAGGAUGGUGGAGGACAUCUCUUUUGCCUUUACGGUUUUCGUGUAAAUAAGAAAUUGGUGAAGAAAGGCUACAGUUGCAGAACACAGGAGAGUACUGGAAAAGGGGAAGUUUUAUUUAGAAGAUUAAAAUGAAGAAGAAGAAAAAAAAGGGGGAAGGGAAGAGAUUUUCUAGUUGGAAGUCUGCAUUUUCUGGAUAUUUGGUAGAAUCAUGCGGCUCAAAAAAUACACCACAGAAAGUCUGAUUGAAGAAACAGAAACUUUUUUUUUUUCCUACACAAAGAUGAAGAACAGAGAUUUGAUUCUGAUCAGAAACUUUGUUUUUUCUCUUUUUUUUGAGUUUCUGCUUUUUAGUUUCAAUCAGACUUUCCCAAGUGUAAUAGUUGUUCUUCUUGUCAUCAUCAAUUUGAAAACUUCAUCGAUCUUUCUA